UCACCCUGAUAAAGCCUUACGUCACCCUGAUAAUGCGCUCGUGCUUUCCUUCUGCUGGCAGCGCACAGCAGAGAGAAUCUACUGAUAGAAUGGCCAAACCCUGAAAAUGCACACAAACGUGCUCAUAUGGGAAAACAUCGUACAGAAUGAAUGACGCAGCAGUGAGUUGUUAAGAGCGUUACAGGACAUGUCUGGUGACGUAUCCGUGCUAGAAGUGGUAACCGUCGUCGGAAGAGCGGUGUGCGCAGGCGCGGCGCUGACAGCCGCACUCUACCUGAUCCGCAGAGUGUGUUCAAUAAUGGCCUGGAAAUCAGGAGGAGCGAGCCAUGCAGAGCUCGUCAACAACCUCCGCAAGAAUGGGAUCAUUAAAUCGGACCGUGUAUAUGAAGUUAUGUUGGCCACAGACCGCGCCCAUUUCUCCAGAUGUAAUCCAUAUAUGGACUCGCCACAAUCUAUAGGUUACCAAGCAACAAUCAGUGCACCACAUAUGCACGCAUAUGCUCUAGAGCUCCUCCAUGAUCACCUGUAUGAAGGAGCAAAGGCCCUGGAUGUGGGAUCAGGCUCUGGAAUCCUGUCCGUCUGCUUCGCCAGAAUGGUUGGGCCGAGGGGGAAGGUGAUUGGCAUUGAUCACAUAAAGGAGCUGGUGGAAGAUUCUGUAACUAAUGUAAAGAAGGACGACCCUAGUUUGAUCUCUUCAGGGAGAAUCAGACUCAUUGUUGGAGAUGGAAGAAUGGGCUUUCCAGAAGAAGCACCUUAUGACGCCAUACAUGUCGGAGCCGCAGCUCCCACAGUGCCACAAGCAUUGUUGGACCAGCUAAAGCCAGGUGGCCGUCUAAUUCUGCCCGUCGGCCCAGCAGGAGGGAAUCAGAUGUUGGAGCAGUAUGACAAAUUGGAGGAUGGCAGUACCAAAAUGAAGCCACUGAUGGGCGUGAUUUACGUGCCUUUAACAGACAAAGACAAGCAGUGGUCAAGGUGGAAGUGAUUUCCUGUCCUCUGUCCCCUCUCUCUUCUAGGGCACAGGGAUGAACUUUGAAAGGAUGAUCUGGCAAUACUCAUCGCACCACAUGCACGCACACACACAAACAAACACACACACACACACACACACACACACACACACACACACAAACAUCCAAAUGGACUUCACUGAGGAGAGCUUGUAUAAAUGCUCUAUUUCCAUACCCGUGACAGUCUGACGGUCGUGAAAGUUGGAUGUAUCGAUCAGAUUCUUUUAUUUAAAAAGGAAAAAAAGUGGAAUUGGGCUUUGUGCUGAGAUUUUCAUGCCUGCAGUUUGAGAAUUGCGUGAAUGCAGUUUUUUGUUUGUUUUUCUUUUUUGACGUGCAGGUGCUUAUUCUUGUGAUGACUUCAGUAUUACAGUCAAUUGGAUUGUUCAUGCAUCUCAGCGUAUUGUAAACACAACACAGGGUCGGCCUUUGUGCUGAAUCCAGCCUGUUAUUAAAACAUAAUUCACUGCUACAUAAUGUGUAGGGAUCUCUUUGCUCUACAAAUCCAUUUUAAUAGUAGCGGCUUGUGUUUUCAGCUGAAGCAUGUGCUGCCCAGGCAGAAUAAACCACUGUGCACUGGAUAAUUCUGAAGUUUCUAGAGUAAAGCAAUAUGCCAUGAGAGGUCAUGUGUUAGAAUUAUUUUACCACGGUUAAGGGAUGUUCUUAGGUCUGAUUUAAAGCACACCUCUUUAACCAUGGUCAAAUUAGUCUAAGACGGUCUCGAAUGGCUUUGUGUGGGUAAUGUGCAGUCAGCUGGCAGAACUGUAAUUCCUGGAUGAUUGCUUACCAAAUAAAUGGACAUAAAGUAUUGAAAAGUUGAAAUUACUUCAAUUAGUGAGAAGUGCAGAACAUGAGAAAUUGGUUGUCUGGGUCAAUUAUUCACUUUAGCAUCAUUACUAAAAUAUAUACAAACCACAGAAUGCUGCCAUUAACCAAUCACAAUCAGGUAAUCCAGAGAACAGAAUGUACAAAUUGUGUUUAUAGAGGCAGCAACGGCAAUAUUGUAAGAGACACCAAUGUUCAAAAAAUAGCCACAUUUAUUAAUUAUAACAAAAGACAAUAAACUCUUCUGGCAAGUAAUAUAGUCCAUCAGCUUUAAAUUUUAAGCUAUUUAUGCUUGCCAAACAGCAACAUUAAUAAUGACUGGUCAGCUACAGGUGUGCGUUUAUGGGAAUUUUGCAGCGAGUAUUUUACGAGGCGUUUGUAAAAAAUAUUCCAAUCAGACUUCACAGUCUGAACUAGUUUACAUGUAUAAAUUUAAAAUUUAGAAAUCAACGUCAGAGCGCAAAGGGGUAGUUCACCCGAAAUAACUAUUUUGUCAUGAUUUACUCGUGUCGUUUCUACCCCGUAAUAUUUUCUGUUCUGUGAAACACAAAAGGAGAUGCUUUUCCACAUGAUGAAAGUGGAUGAUGUUUUAUACUGUUAAGCUUUUAAAAGCUCAUGUUAAAUUCAACAUUGCGGCCUUAAAUCAUACCAAAUUUGAUGUUGUUGACCCCAAACAACAUUGGUUCUCAUGCUCUUGGCAAGUAUGAUAAAUGUGAGACUUGAGAGCUGUGGCAGAAGGGGAAGGUUAAAUCUUUUGAAGACUUGGAUUAUAGUGCAUGAUUUGUAUGGACUGCUUUUGUGGUACUCUUUCAGGGUUUCUGCCAGUUUUAUGAAGGCCAAUUUUAAGAACAAGUAUAGAAAACAAUACAUCAAUAUAUUCUCUAAAUGUAAAUGUCUAGGGAGAAACACAAUGAGUUCUAUUAGCAACACUUAAGAGUUUGAAAAUACAACUUCCAACAGAUAUUAGUUAUUUUAAUUCAUUUUACAAAGCAAAAGUAGCUUCAAUCACUCUGCUCCCAACCACUAGAAUAUAUAUUUUACUGUAUCUUCUGAUCAAACAAAAAAGUUUUUCCUGAGUAUUUUGUCUUGUUUUCCAGUGCAACUGUAUAAAGAUUCUUAAAUUAAGAUACAUUUACUUGAGAUGCAAAAUGACAAAAUAUAGUAUUGUUUUCUGUGAAAUUAAAACAAGAACAAAUAUCUGCCAAUGAGCUCAGAAAAAUCAAGUUUUCAUAACUCAUUGACAGAUGUUUGUUCCUGUUGUAAGCAUAAAUUUGCAUCUCAAGUAAACAUAUCAAAGAUUUUUAGAUAUUUGUAUUGGAAAACAGGACAAAAUACUGAGGAAGGCGCUUUUUUUUUUUUUUUUAACAGUGCAUGCAACAUUUAAUGCCAUAACUUUAUGAAUUAAAGACCUGCAGAAACCCUGUUUUUUGUCCUUUGAGCUUGCCAGCAAAAAUCACCAUAUGAAAAACAGAAGCUUGAACAUUCUGCCUAACAUCUCAUUGUGAAUUUCACAGAUGCAAGAAAAUCACACAGGUUUGGAAUGAUAUGAGCAGAGUUGGGUCACUAGUUUGGUGCACAAGUGUAGCAAUGCUUACUGCUCACUCUUAUGAAAUGCAUUUCACAUCACUGCAGAACUCAAAAUAAGCUUGUCUCUAUUAUCUAACGUGUGAAGCAAGUAAAGUACCACUCAGAUCCACACUUGCAUACAGGAUUGAGCUAAACCUUCAGUGGUCGCUUUGAUUGUAAGCGGUUUUCAAUGCCAAUUCUCUGUGCAUGUUUGUGUGUUACCUGCACGCACAAACAGGGCUUUUAAUGAAUAAACUCACUGCUAAGCAAUGA